AUGAAGGCAAGUACAGUACAUAUCUUCUCGUGUAACCUCAUCCUAUCUGAUCACCGCUUCCUACUCUCUAACCCACACCUCACCCCAAUUCAGCACGUCCAUCCCCAAUCCCACUCACCAGACAAAACAACAACUAACUCCUCCACCCCAAAAGACCUCCAUCACCCUCAUCACCCUCUUGGGCGUCUUCACCAGCGGCACUCUCGCCUUGCCUACCGCCCAACCUCAAGAGGCCGCCGCCGACCAGACUGCUCCCGAGGGCCCCACGACACCCAAGGUCAACACCGUACAAGUCGACUACGGCAAGCCCAGGUGCCCCGACUCGCGUCUCGACGCGCUUUGCAUGGCCAGCAACGCAAACGCUUACUGCGACGCCCAGGGAUUCCAUAA